AUGGGGUUGAGGCAUCAAUCUUGUGUCGAGGCAGAGAAUUGCGGCGGCUACGCUCGUAUUGGUAGAAUGUCCCAGGUGUUUGAAAGCGGAUGCACCCGCCCUGCAAGGGGCAGGUCCCGCAUCGCAGUACACAUUGCAAUGUCGAGGGCCGCAUUGCUGUGGUGUUGUGGUGUUUACAGCCGAGGCAAAAUAUACUCGCACAUUCACUGCGGUGGGCAGGCACCAGGCAUGAUGGAAGGGGGCAUCCGAAUCAGGAAUGCCGCCAAUUCCCAAAACGGGCCUUCUGGAAAAACCCCAUGCAGCGCUCCGCGGGUCCAGCCUGGAACACUGACGCAACGAAUGGCACGGCGGGCUGGCGGGCGGGCGGGCGGCGGCUGA